CGCUCCGGGGCGGGUAGGCGCCCCAGGAUGGAGUCCCCACCCAGCACGGCGGGGCAGGAGGAGCAGGAGCUGCGGGAGCGUGCCUUCUUCUCAUGGGCCGAGUUCAGCCGCUUCUUCGACGCGUGGUGCCAGCAGCGGCUGGCGCUCUUCUUCGUCAAGAGCUCCAUGCACCUGGCGCGCUGCCGCUGGGCCAGCGCACCCCCGCUCUACACGCUCAUCGACGUGCUCAAGUACAGCUACGUGCGGCUCGUGUGCAAGGACGUGCGCGCGCCCAGCCGGCCCACCGUGGGGCCCCCCCAGCCCGGCUGCCCGGCCUUCAUCAUCGUCAAGCUGAGCCCGCUGCGGGACCGCCUCGUGGUGACGGAGUGCCAGCUGACCCACUCGCACCCCGCCUGCCCGCUCGAGUUCGCCUACUACUUCCGCCCGGGCCACCUGCUGGCCAACGCCUGCCUCCCGGUGCGCACCACCAACAAGAUCUCCAAGCAGUUCGUGGCGCCGGCCGACGUGCGCCGCCUGCUCUCCUACUGCAAGGGCCGCGACCACGGCGUCCUGGACGCCCUGCACGUGCUCGAGGGGCUCUUCCGCACCGACCCCGAGGCCAAGGUGAAGCUGGUGUUCGUGGAGGACCAGGCGGUGGUGGAGACGGUGUUCUUCCUGACGUCGCGCACGCGCGCGCUGCUGCGGCGCUUCCCGCGCAUGCUCCUGGUGGACCGGCUGCCGGGGCUGCAGGGCGCGCUGGACCUGCUGGCCGUGCUGUGCGUGGACGGCGCGGGCCGCGCGCGCCAGGCCGCCUGCUGCGUGGCGCGCCCGGGCACGCCGAGCCUGCUGCGCUUCGCGCUGGCCUCGCUGCUGCAGAGCGCGCCCGACGUCAAGGGCCGCGUGCGCUGCCUGACGGCCGGGCCCGAGGUGGCGGCGCAGCUGCCUGCCGUGCGCCAGCUGCUGCCGGGCGCGCGCGUGCAGAUCUGCCGCGCGCAGGGCCUCGAGACGCUCUUCAGCAAGGCGCAGGAGCUGGGCGGCGCCGGCCGCGAGGACCCGGGCCUGUGGCCGCGCCUGUGCCGCCUGGCCGGCGCGUCGUCGCCCGCCGCCUACGCCGAGGCGCUGGCCGAGCUGCGCGCGCACGGCCCGGCCGCCUUCGUCGACUACUUCGAGCGCAACUGGGCCCCGCGCCGCGACAUGUGGGUGCGCUUCCGAGCCUUCGAGGCGGCCCGGGACCUGGACGCGUGCGCUCUGGUGCGCGGCCACCGCCGGCGCCUCCUGCGCCGCCUGAGCCCCUCGCGCAGCGUGGCGCAGUGCCUCCGCGACCUGGUGGCCAUGCAGUGGGCCGACGCGGCCGGGGAGGCGGCGCCCGACGGCCCGGACGGCGGCGGGCCGUGGCCAGAGGGCGAGCCGGGGAGGGGAGCCCACGUGGAGGAGAGGAUGAAGGUCCUGGAGAGCGGGGACUGGGGAGGGGCCCCGAAAGAAGGAAGUAUUUGGAGAGGCGCCCAGUUGGAGAAGGAGUGGCCCCGAGGUUUGGAGGCCAGAGACCGGGGAGGGGCUCAGUUGGAAAGUGAGAUGGGGAGAGGGUUGCAGAUCCAAGACUGGAGAGAGGUCCAGUUGGAGAACCAGAAAGAGAGAGGGCUAGAGGAGAGCGUUUGGAGAGGGUCCCAGCUGGAGAACGAGCAGUGGAGAGGACCAGAGAUCAGAGACUGGAGGGGGGCCCUGUUGGAGGGUGAGAAGGAUAAGGGACCGGAGGGUUAUGUCCGGAGAGGCGCCCGGUUGGAGGACCACGGGCUGAGGGAAUUGGAAGGGUAUACCUGGAGGGCGGCCCAGCUGGAGGAUCGAAGGAUUAGGGUGCUGGAGACCACAGACCGGAGGGGGACCCCGUUGGAUUCUGAGCGGGGCCCUUCAAGACUUGAAGGGAGCACCUGGAGGGGGGCCCAGCUGCAUGAUGAGAGGGCAGGUGGACUGAAAACCAGAGAGUGGAAGGGGCCUCAGUUGGAAGCUGAGAAGGGAAGGGGGUUGGAGGUCAGGAACUGGAGGGGGCGCCAUUUGGAGAAGCCCAGGGAGUUGAUCCCUGAGAAUGGAGACCAAAGGGGGCCCCAGUGGGGAGAUGAGAGGCAGAGAGGGCCAGAGAUUGGAGAAGAGAGAGGAGUGAGUUUGGGGGUCAAAAGAAGAAGGGACCUGGAGGAUGUAGUUCUGGUCCAGCUGGGGGACACAAGGAUGACAGGCCUGGAGAAUGGAGAGGGAGCCCCAUCUAUGGGCCCCAAGAGCAGAGGAGGACAAGGGAUGGAGUGUGGGGGCACCGGAGGGAGGUGUCUAGGGCUGGGGAAUGGGGUCAUGUGUGGCGCCCCGGUGGCGACGGUGUUUGAGGGUGAUCUAGAAUGGGCAGGGACAAGGAGAGUCUACCUGGCCACCGGGGAGAGCCUGCAGGAAGGAGGUGAAGAAGAAGGACCAAGGGAACCGAAGAGGCCUUGCUGCCCGUCGGCAGAGGAAGAGGUGGACUGGGAGCCCCUGGCCAAGUUCCGAGCAGCCUGCGGGCCAGAGCUGGCAGACUUGGUGGCCGAAGAGCUGGCCUUUGCCAGGCAGCACGGUACCCGGGGUUUCCACUGGACUGGAGCUGGGUUUGCCCUUAAGGAUGGCACCUCAGACUUCUUCCUGGACAGGGCUCUGACCCGCUGCAGCUGCUCCAUCCAUGCCGCCCGGCGUCUGCCCUGCCGACACCUCUUUGCAGCACGCCUCCUCACCGGGGCAGCCUUAUUCCACAUGGACCUGCUCAGGGACUGCUGGGGGAGAGCCCCAGAGCCCUGA